AUGGGGCGGUCGCGGCGGCGCAUGAAGAAGACAGCGGCGAAAGUCAAGGUGGGCGUUGUGAAACGCAAGAAGAACCAGAAGGCAAAGCUGCCCAAGGAGCUGACGGAGGCGCGGCCAGACGUGGAGAAGCGGCUGCAGCAAAAGCCGGAGUGGGAGGAGGAGGCCACGCUGACGACCAACUACGCGGCCAACCAGUUCGUGCUCGACCCCAAUGAGGGCUUUGGGCGCAACCUACGGCCGGCCCCGCUCAAGAGCAAGGAGGAGCGCGAGGCGGAGGACGGAGAGACCUUCUCGGACGAUGACGAGAUACGGGCGGCCACGGGCAACAUCCGCAAGACGGGCAAGGCCGCGCCCCAGCCCCUGACGGCGCACCAAAAGCAGAUCGUGCAGCGGCUCAUUGACGCGCACGGGGAGGAUGUGAAGGCCUGGUUCCGCGACACCAAGCUCAACCGAAUGCAGCACUCUGAGGGAAAGCUGCGUGAGCUGCUCGAGUCGUUCAAGUUCCACUCAAAGCGGCCAGAGGGCGACCGCCACGAUUUCAGAGCGCCGCGGAAGCCGUUCAAAAGGCUGUGA